AUGAGACUUUCUGUUCAGUCCCAGAAAUCCUGGAUUGAAGGAGUGUUUGACAAGAGAGAAUGCAACAAAGUGAUACCCAGCUCCAAAGACCCGCACAGAUGUACUCCAGGAUGCCAGGUCUGCCAGAACUUAAUCAGGUGUUACUGUGGCAGACUGAUUGGAGACCAUCAUGGGAUAGAUUAUACCUGGACCAUCUCAGCCACCUUGGGUAAUGAAAAUGAACAAUGGUCUGUUGAAAAGCACACAAGGAAAAGCCCUACAGAUGCCUUUGGGACUAUUAAUUUCCAGGACGGAGAGCACACCUACCACUCCAAGUAUAUUAGAACUUCUUAUGACACAAAAUUGGAUCAUCUGUUACAUUUAAUGUUGGAAGAGUGGAAGAUGAAGCUGCCUAAGCUGGUGAUCUCGGUCCAUGGGGGCAUUCAGGACUUCAAGAUACCUUCCAAGCUUAAGAAGAUCUUCAGCCAAGGCCUGGUCAAAGCUGCGGAGACCACAGGAGCCUGGAUACUAACUGCAGGCACCAAUACUGGAGUGUCCAAGCACGUUGGAGAUGCCCUGAAAGCCCAUUCCUCACAGUCCUUGAGAAAAAUCUGGGCAGUCGGAAUCCCUCCUUGGGGCGUCAUUGAGAACCAGAGAGAUCUUAUUGGAAAAGAUGUGGUGUGUCUGUACCAGACUCUAGGGAACCCCCUGAGCAAGCUCACCACGCUCAACUGUAUGCACUCACACUUCAUCCUGUCUGAUGAUGGGACUGUGGGCAAGUACGGAAAUGAGAUGAAGCUCAGAAGGAACCUGGAGAAGUACCUCUCUCUGCAGAAAAUUCACAGCCGCUCCAGACAAGGAGUGCCCGUGGUGGGGCUGGUGGUGGAAGGAGGUCCCAAUGUCAUCCUCUCGGUGUGGGAAACUCUCCAGGACAAAGACCCAGUGGUGGUGUGUGAAGGCACAGGCAGAGCCGCUGACCUCCUGGCCUUCACCCAUAAACACCUCGCAGAGGCAGGGGUGCUGCGUCCUCAGGUGAAAGAGGAGAUCAUCGGCAUGAUACAGAACACUUUCAACUUUAGCCUUGAACAGUCCAAGCACCUUUUCCACAUUCUCAUGGAGUGUAUGGUACACAGAGAUUCUAUGAUCAUAUUUGAUGCUGAUUCUGAGGACCAGCGAGACCUCGAUUUAGCAAUCCUGACAGCGUUGCUGAAGCGUACAAAUUUAUCAGCAUCAGAACAAUUAAAUCUGGCAAUGGCUUGGGAUAGAAUGGAUAUCGCCAAGAAACAUAUCUUAAUUUAUGGACAACACUGGCAGCCUGGUGCACUGGAACAAGCAAUGUUAGAUGCUUUACUGAUGGAUCAGGUGGAUUUUGUGAAGCUCUUAAUAGAAUAUGGAGUGAACCUCCAUCGCUUUCUCACCAUCCCCCGACUGGAAGAGCUCUAUAAUACGAAACAAGGACCUACUAAUAUGCUCUUACAUCAUCUUGUCCAAGAUGUAAAGCAGCACACUCUUCUCGCAGGCUACAGAAUAACCCUGAUCGACAUCGGCCUGGUAAUAGAAUACCUCAUUGGUGGAGCAUAUCGCAGCAGCUACACUAGAAAAAAUUUCAGAGCCUUCUACAACAACCUCUACCGAAAACAUAAGAGAGUGACCAGUUUUGCUGACAGCCUCGCCCAGCACCCCAGUCACUGGAGACGUUCCUCAGGAAGUAGAAAUGAGUCUACAGAAAGCACGCUGCAUUCCCAGUUUAUUAGAACGGCCCAGCCUUACAAAUUCAAGGAAAAGUCUGUAGUCCUUCAUAAAUCAAGGAAGAAGUCAAAAGAAGGAAAAAAUGUGUCCGAUGACCCUGAGUCUACUGGCUUCAUUUACCCUUACAAUGACCUGCUGGUUUGGGCUGUGCUAAUGAAAAGGCAGAAGAUGGCUAUGUUCUUCUGGCAGCAUGGAGAGGAGGCCACUGCGAAGGCCGUGAUUGCCUCUAUACUCUACCGAGCCAUGGCCCGUGAAGCCAAGGAGAGCAACAUGGUGGAUGAUGCCUCAGAAGAGCUGAAAAAUUACUCAAAACAGUUUGGUCAGCUUGCCCUGGAUGUGCUAGAGAACGCAUUCAAGCAGAAUGAGAGAAUGGCCAUGAAAUUGUUGACAUAUAAACUCAAGAACUGGAGUAAUUCAACCUGUCUGAAGCUGGCUGUGUCUGGAGGAUUGAGACCCUUUGUUUCACAUACUUGUACCCAAAUGCUGCUGACGGACAUGUGGAUGGGACGCUUGAAAAUGAGGAAAAACUCUUGGUUAAAGAUCAUCUCAAGUAUUCUUUUCCCACCCACCAUCUUGACAUUGGAAUUUAAAAGCACAGCCGACAUGUCGCACGUUCCUCAGUCCCAGGACUUCCAGUUUGCAUGGUACUCCAGUGAACAGAACCCCAGCAGUACCAAAGACAGUGCCUGCAUGAAGGACUGUGAUUUGGAAAGGGGCCCUGAUGAAAAACUGGAUGAGAAUCAGCACUUUGAUUUAACUAGUGGGCCCAAAAGCCUUCCAUGGACCAGGAAGUUCUAUGAAUUCUACAGUGCUCCCAUUGUCAAGUUUUGGUUUUAUACGAUGACGUACUUGGCGUUCCUCAUGCUGUUCACGUACACUGUGUUGGUGGAGAUGCAGCCCCAGCCCAGCGUGCAAGAAUGGCUUGUUAUCAUUUACAUCUUCACCAAUGCCAUGGAGAAAGUCAGGGAGGUUUGUAUUUCAGAACCUGGGAAGUUUACGCAAAAGGUGAAGUUAUGGAUUAGUGAGUACUGGAACCUAAUGGAAACUGUGGCUAUUGGGCUGUUUUUGGUUGGUUUUGGCCUUCGGUGGGGUGACCCUCCUUUUCAUACUGCGGGAAGACUGAUCUACUGCUUAGACAUCAUAUUCUGGUACUCACGGCUCCUGGACUUCUUUGCUGUGAAUCAACACGCAGGUCCCUAUGUCACCAUGAUUGCAAAAAUGGCAGCAAACAUGUUCUAUAUUGUGAUCAUGAUGGCCAUAGUCCUGCUGAGCUUUGGAGUGGCACGCAAGGCCAUCCUUUCACCAAAGGAGCCUCCCUCUUGGAGCCUUGCUCGAGAUAUUGUGUUUGAGCCAUACUGGAUGAUUUAUGGAGAAGUCUAUGCUUCCGAAAUUGAUGUUUGUGAAAGCAAACCAUCUUGCCCUCCGGGUUCUUUCCUUACUCCGUUCCUGCAAGCUGUCUACCUCUUCAUACAAUAUAUCAUCAUGGUGAACCUGUUGAUUGCUUUCUUCAACAAUGUUUACUUGGAUAUGGAAUCCAUUUCAAAUAAACUGUGGAAAUACAACCGCUAUCGCUACAUCAUGACCUACCAUGAGAAGCCAUGGCUGCCACCCCCUGUUAUCCUACUGAGCUACCUGGGACUUCUGCUUCGCUGCCUUUGCCAUCGUCGAACUCCGAAUGACCAGGAAGAGGGUGAUGUUGGAUUAAAACUCUACCUGAGUAAGGAAGAUCUGAAAAAACUUCAUGAUUUUGAAGAGCAGUGUGUGGAAAAAUACUUCCAUGAGAAGAUGGAAGGUCUGAACUGUAGUUUUGAGGAACGAAUCAGAGUGACAUCAGAAAGGGUUACAGAGAUGUACUUCCAAAUGAAAGAAAUAAAUGAAAAAGUGUCUUUUAUAAAGGACUCCUUACUGUCGUUGGACAGCCAGGUGGGACACCUGCAGGACCUUUCUGCUCUGACCGUGGAUACACUGAAGGUGCUUUCUGCUGUUGACACCUUGCAAGAGGAUGAGGCUCUCCUCUCCAAAAGAAAGCGUUCUACUUACAGAACACUUCCCCACAGCUGGAGCAACGUCAUCUGUGCAGAAGUCGUAGGCGGCACGGAGACCUCCGAGCAGAAGUAUCAGUAUUACAGCAUGCCGGCUUCUUUCCUCCGGAGCCUGGCCAGAGGCCGGCGUCCCUCAACAGUGCAGAGGGGGGCUCUUCUUGAGCUUUCAGACUCUCGGACAGAGGCUUCAAAUGUAAGAGAUGACCAGGAAGAACAAGAAACAGAACAUAUGGUUGAUUCUGGGGUGCCCUGUGACAGGGAAGCACACUCAAAGUCCAGCCAGUUUCUUUUGGUCCCCUCUUAUCCAAAGCAAGUUCCUCUUUCUGCAGAAACUAUCUUGCCUCUGUCUAGACCAUCUGUGGAAGUAGGCCCCGCUGUGCUGGCAGCCGAACGGGUCACCCCGAGUGAGAUCCCUGUCCCUCUCACUUGGCAGAUCCCACUUGUCUCAGAGCAGGCACCCGCGGCUGAACCCAAGGAGUGGUGCGAGCCAGUGGCUCAGGGACCAGACAAGCAAGACCAGGUGGAGCACGUUCUGCUCACUUCCAGUUGCACAUCCGCACCCACGAUGGGGACCUCCUUUCCUUCCCAAGUCAAGAACAUGCAAACUGGAGGUGGAUAUGUGAACUGGGCGUUUUCAGAAGGUGAUGAAACUGGUGUGUUUAGCAUCAAGAAAAAGUGGCAAACCUGCUCGCCUUCUCUUUGUAACAGUGACUCCACAAAGCAGGAACCGUGCCAGGUGCAGAUCCGGGGCAGAUCUCUAUCUGACAGCUCAACAAGAUCGACCCACAGUAGUGAUUGCUCAGAGGUGGGGCCAUGGCUUCCACCAAACACAUCCUCUUGGAUCAAUCCUCUCCGCCGAGACAGACCCUUCUUUAGGAGUCACAGUUUUAGAUUCCACAGGGAGGAGAGAUCGAUGAAGACUCAUCAUAUUAAAAAUCUUCCAAGACCCUCAGAGAUAGGUCAGUCGAGCUGGGUCAAGUCAAAAAUGCUGACCAAGGAUGGGAGAUUGUCCAAGAAAAAGAAGAAAACGCAAGAACUACAGGUGCCGGUCAUAACAAUCAAUGCCUGCUAUCGAAGUGAUGAACUGAAUUCAAAGCGAGGAGCACAAAGCAUCUUGGAAGAAGAAAAGGGUAGCAAGAACUGGCUUACGGUGUCCAGUUUUAGUCAGAUAAGUCUAGAACCAUAUAUAUAUCAGAAAGUGAAAACUAAAGAGAUUGAGCAACAUGCCAUGCAAGUCAGUGACUACCUCAAGCAGCCUCAAGAGGAUAUGAGUGAAUAUGCUUUGUGGAAUUCACGGAACACUAACCUGAAGAGAAAUUCUCUGUCGAGAAGUUCAAGUGGAGUUGACAAGAUCUCCGCCUCCUUAAAAAGCCCUCAAGAGGCUCACCAUCAUUAUUCAGCCAUUGAAAGGAAUAAUUUAAUGAGGCUUUCUCAGACCAUACCAUUUACACCAAUCCAACUGUUUGCGGGAGAAACAGUAACUGUCUAUAGGCUAGAGGAGAGCUCCCCCUUGAACCCUGAUAAAAACAUGUCCUCUUUGAGAGCUGCGAUGAUCCAGGUGUUGUCCCAAGAGGAGCUGGAUGGGGGCCUCCGCAAAGCCAUGAGAGUUAUCUGCACUUGGUCUGAAGAUGAUGUUCUCAAGCCAGGACAGGUUUUCAUUGUGAAGUCCUUUCUUCCUGAGGUUGUGCAGACGUGGCAUAAGAUCUUUCAGGAGAGUACUGUGCUUCAUCUUUGCCUCAGGGAAAUACAACAACAAAGAGCUGCACAAAAACUGAUUUAUACCUUCAACCAAGUGAAACCACAGACCAUUCCUUACACACCACGGUUUCUGGAAGUUUUCUUAAUAUACUGCCAUUCAGCCAAUCAAUGGUUGACCAUUGAGAAGUAUAUGACAGGGGAGUUCCGGAAGUACAAUAACAACAAUGGUGAUGAAAUCAUCCCCAGCAACACCCUGGAGGAGUUAAUGUUGGCUUUCUCUCACUGGACUUAUGAGUAUACUCGGGGAGAGCUGCUGGUUUUAGAUUUACAAGGUGUUGGAGAAAAUUUGACAGAUCCAUCUGUUAUAAAACCUGAAGACAAACAAUCAAGAGGAAUGGUGUUUGGCCCAGCCAAUUUAGGGGAAGAGGCAAUUAGAAACUUCAUUGCAAAACAUCGUUGCAACUCCUGCUGCCGGAAACUCAAACUCCUGGAUUUAAAGAGAAAUGACUAUUCCCCCGGGAAAAUAAAAUCUACCUUUGGACUUGAAAUCAAAAGAGAAUCGGCUGAGGAACCUCCAACAAGGAAAAUGGGUGGAAAACCCCCAGAAGAUCACACACGACUCUAAGAAGGGAAGAGCAAGAAGACCAUGGCCCUGUCCUUCCUGCCAAGAACUCCAUGGUGACUUUGAUUGACGUAUAAUGCUUACUCAGAGCCACCAUCAGGACAGCCUUACCCUGUGGACCUCCUUGGGACACACUUUUUGAGCCUCACAUCUCCUCUCCAGUGAUCUCAUUGGUAUAUGAUAAAUGGUUUUUCUGGACAUUAACCUGUGUACAGGGCACUUUGCACACAUUUGCCGUUCUCCAGUUCCACGUGCAGAUACUUGGGCGAGUGAGCUGGGAAUACUGCUUCUUUAUACCUCAUUGCUUUCACUGGCCACUUGGAACCCUGGGAACAAAGGACCCAGGGGUAAAUUUAAUUUAUUUUCUCACUGUGUGUGCAGACCCUGCCCCCAGUGCCAGUCAUCACUUCAUGUACAUAUUUUACUUUUGUUUGUACAUGUACACAGCAAAGUCAUUUGACUUUCUCUUUGCCAGCAGCAAAGGACUUUGAAUCGCAGCUAGAGGGAAGACAAGGCAGUGAGGGUGUUUGCACAGACCAGAGCACACUGUUGCACAGCCUAACUUAAACCCUUUGUACCCUGGUGAAAUCUUGUGGGCUCGAGGUAUUGUCAGUGAAUAAUGAUGGCUGAGAAUUUCAGAUUUCUCUAAAACAAAGGAGAAAGGAAAUCUAAAACAAAUGCCCUGAAUUCAUUUUUUUUUUUCGAACACGAAAACAGGAUAUGUAAAACUGGAAAUUAUUAAAAAAGUGUUUCGCUUCACUUAAGCUCAGGGGUACUAUCAGUUAGAGUUGACUUAGGCCAGCCUCUAAAACAGUGCUGUCUUUUCCAAAGCUGUGCAUAUAAUAUUACAGGCUAAAUUACUGUAUGUCAGGGCCUAUGAGAGAAGAUGUGGUUUUAGACCUAAAACAUGCCUCACAGGUGUGUGAUCCUUCCAGUACAGAGUUCCUGUGGCUUAAAGGACCCUGUACAUAUUUCUCAGUAUGGCCUGAGAACAUGUCAUCUAUUUCUGAGGCCGGAUGUGAAGGAUUCCUGGAAACUGGACUGCAUAGCCUGUCUGGGGGAUCACUCAUCCCUCUUUCACACUGGGCUGGGGCAUCCUACCUCAGAAAAGAGCUCAAGGUUUUCAAACAAGGAGAGAAGGAGAGCUAGGAAACCUCUCCCUGCUCCCUCUGCAUCCCCUUUAUUAUUGUUCCAGUCUACCAGCAGCACACCUCCUGGGUUUAAAGAAAAGUCAACUUAUCUUCAGUCUUUACAUUAGCUCACUUGCUUAGGAGGCUUCUCAGUGUUUUCCUUUCCUUUUCUCAUGAUAGAGCGUGUGUGCACACAUGCGUGAUGCAUGACUGAACACAUGCACGAGAGCGAAGCACCAUCCACAGGGCCCAGUGGAGCUCAUACCUUCCUCAGUCCUCCCGCCCAUCAUCCUGGAUGCAUUUGCCUUGCAUGUUUUGAGGCCAGCAGGGCUAGGAUUUGAUCUGUGGUCAGCAGAUGGUUUCCAGCUCUGAAGUCACAUCCACCAACUGCACCACAGAGGCCGGGCCUCAGCCUGCCUUUUAAAUCUAUGCUCCUUUAUCCUUAGGUUGUACUUCAGGGAAAAUGCUGCCUAGAGAGAAAGCCAAGGAGUUUGUUUGCCAAUGAUUAGAUCUGAUUCUUGUAGGUUUGAAUUGCGCAGGGGAUAAUUUGUAUCACUUUUACUUUGGUGGUAGGAGGUGCAAAAUUUGGGUGAUUUCUUGAUUGGGAACAAGGAGAAAAUGUUAAUGUUUUGUGGGAGGACUUAAUGGCUUUAUCCUGUUCUACAAAUCAAUAAGGGAUCUAUUGGUACUCAGCGCGGUGUGGAAAGAGGCAGAGUGUGCCAGCCCAAGAGCUGAACUAAAGGCAUCAAUUCAGUGGUCAGAUAUUUGUUACUUGGAAUAGAACUUGAAAGCAAAUACAUUUGAUUUCAAAUUUC